GGGGGCGUGGCUGUGCGUGUGACGUCACUCCAGGCGGCCGCUGCUCCCUUUAAAGCCGCUGGACGCAGAACGAACAGAAGACAGACUAACGGACGGACCGACUAAAGGACAGACCGACAGACCGACCGCAGCGGGACCUUAAAUACCGGCAGCUCACCGGGACUCUGCUAGCUCUGACGCCGGGACUCGGACCUUCUCUCCUGGAUGGAGCAGCAGCGGCUUCUCCUCAGCCUCCACCGGCCGCCUGCCGCCUGCCGCCAAGACUGACGCUCCGCUCCGUUUCCUCUCUCUCCGGUGUAACGAGAGAAUCACGGUGAGAAUCGGUGCCCGGUCUCCGUCCCCCAGCAGGCCUCCGUCUCCUCCGUGACUCCAUGCGAUUCUUCAGACUCACAUUCAAGUGUUUCGUGGAUUGUUUUUGAAGGUCGCGCUCCGGUGCUCGGUGUUUCUCCGUUUUUAUUUUUUUAUUUCCACCGUUUUUAUUUUCAGAAUUUUCCCGGUUCGGAGAGAGAAAUGUCUCCGGAUUAUUCCUAAACUCUGGAUUUGUUUUUUCUGCCUUUUUAAAAAUUAAUUUAAAUGAAUCAGAAUUUAUUCUCUGGAGUGAAAAAAACCCCAAAAGAACCUGAAGAACUGAAAUUAGAACCUGAGAGACCUGAAGGUUCUGAGGAGAAAGUGAAGAAACGAACCCAGAACACAAGAAGCUGAACUUUAAAGGACAGACAGGGACUGGUUCUGGAUGGUUCUGUACUGGUAACUGGUUGGCUCUGAAGCAUUAACAAGAAACGAACUUGCAGGAAUUUAAGGGAGUUUAGACAGACUGAGAAACUGGGACCCUUGGACUGGUUCUUGACUGGUUACUGGUUGGUUCUGGACGGAUUCCUGACAGGUUCUGGAGACGUAACGAGAAACAAAUUUGCAGGAAUUUAAGAGGGUUUAGACGGACCGAAAGCUUGAGACCCAUAAAGACUGACUGGUUCCUGACUAGUGACUGGUUCCCAACUGGUUCAAGACUUGCAGUUGACUGGUUCUUCCCUGGUUCCUGCUGGUUCCUGCUGGUUCUUUGCUGGUUCCAGGUUCUGGACAGGUUCCUGAUGGAGAAACAGGCUCUUCCGGCGUCUUCCUGCUCGCUGGUUCUCCUGGAGGAGACCAAGAAAAAUUCUCUCCUCCUGACCAACGGCGGGGCCUACCCUCCAGCGGCGGCUAACGGCGGCAUGGUGGCGGGUUCCGGUGGCGUCGUGGUCGGUGGCGCCGGACCGGACAAGAAAGGGGGCGUUGCCGCGGGGGUGGGGGCGGGGCCUGGCUACCAGGAGCGCGAAACAUGGACCCGGCAGAUGGACUUCAUCAUGUCCUGCGUGGGAUUCGCUGUCGGACUCGGAAACGUGUGGAGGUUCCCCUACCUGUGUUACAAGAACGGAGGAGGCGUCUUCCUGAUCCCCUACCUGCUGAUCGUGUUCGUUGGAGGAAUCCCCAUCUUCUUCCUGGAGAUCGCUCUGGGUCAGUUCAUGAAGGCCGGAAGCAUCAACGUGUGGAACAUCGCUCCGCUGUUUAAAGGUCUGGGCUACGCCUCCAUGGUCAUCGUGUUCUUCUGUAACACCUACUACAUCAUGGUUCUGGCCUGGGGCUUCUACUACCUGAUCAAGUCCUUCACCUCCACGCUGCCCUGGUCCACCUGCGACAACGACUGGAACACGGACAGCUGCAUCGAGAUCUUCCACCACCAGGACUGUAAGAACGCCAGCCUGGCCAACACCACGGUGGGCGACAGCAACAUGACGUGCUCUGAGCUGGCCGACGGACGCUCGCCCAUCAUCGAGUUCUGGGAGAACAAAGUUCUGGACAUCUCGUCUGGUCUGGACGAACCUGGAAACCUGAACUGGGAGCUGAUGCUGUGUCUGAUGGCCGUCUGGGUUCUGGUUUAUUUCUGCGUCUGGAAGGGAGUCAAAUCCACCGGGAAGAUCGUGUACUUCACAGCGACCUUCCCCUAUGUGGUCCUCAUCAUCCUGCUGGUCCGCGGAGUCACGCUUCCUGGAGCCUACGACGGCAUCAUGUACUACGUCAAACCUGAUUGGUCCAAACUGGGGGAGGCUCAGGUUUGGAUCGACGCUGGAACUCAGAUCUUCUUCUCGUAUGCCAUUGGCCUCGGAGCUCUGACUGCUCUGGGCAGCUACAACCGCUUCAACAACGACUGCUACAAAGACGCCUUCGUCUUGGCUCUCAUCAACAGUGGAACCAGUUUUUUUGCUGGUUUCGUCGUGUUUUCCAUCCUGGGCUUCAUGGCUGCUGAGCAGGGAGUCGACAUCUCACAGGUCGCCGAAUCAGGUCCAGGUCUGGCCUUCAUUGCGUAUCCGAAGGCGGUCAGUCUGAUGCCGGUGGCUCCGCUGUGGGCGGCGUUGUUCUUCUUCAUGCUGCUGCUGCUCGGACUGGACAGUCAGUUUGUCGGCGUCGAGGGUUUCGUCACUGGAAUUCUGGAUCUGUUUCCUGGUAAAUACUACCACCGCUACAAAAGGGAGAUCGCUGUGGCGAUCUGCUGUUUGCUGUGCUUCAUUAUUGACCUCUCCAUGGUGACACAGGGAGGAAUGUACGUCUUCCAACUGUUUGACUACUACUCGGCCAGUGGAAUGACUCUGUUGUGGCAAGCAUUCUGGGAAUGCAUAGUAGUUGCCUGGGUCUACGGUGCUGACCGCUUCAUGGAUGACGUAGCUCGUAUGAUUGGCUACCGACCGUUCCCCUGGAUGAAGUGGUGCUGGUCCUUCAUAACUCCAUGUGUUUGCAUGGGCAUCUUUCUGUUCCACCUGGUCAACUACAAGCCGCUGACCUACAACAACGACUACGUCUAUCCGUGGUGGGGGGAGGUGAUCGGCUGGUGUCUGGCUCUGUCUUCCAUGCUCUGCAUUCCCGUCAGCCUUCUCUACAAACUUUUCAGAGCCAAGGGAACCUUCAAGGAGCGCUGGGCUCACCUGACCACACCUGUGUGGGGCGCCCAUCACCUGGAGUACAUGGCCCCCGACAUCAAGUCUCUGAGCUCCAUGUCUCCCGGCACCGAUGACAACAAGGUCAUCAUCUUCGAGAGUGUCAUGUAGGCUGGACUCCAUCCAUCCCACCUCCGACACCACCAGGCUCCACUGAUUGGUUUAUCGUCACCAGGGCGACCAAAGCUGCGGAUGUGUUUAUACCUGUUGAAGAAAAAUAUGGAGUAAAGGGAUGAGGUGGCUCCUCCAGAACGACGAAUGCUUCCUUCUUCCCGCAAGAUUUGUGAUUAAACCUGCAGAUUUCUGGGUUCUUUAAAUGUACAGUGCUUCGAUUUUCUCUAAAUGGAAAUCUUAUCGACUAAUUAAAAGAUUUAAUGUGAUUAAUCCUAAA